CAAGAAAAGGGUUAUAACCUCAAAGAAGAAGAAAAAGAAGAAUGAAUUUCUCUGGAGUCAUCCUUUCUGCCGUGCUCAUGCUUCUGCUUUCUGUGACUGCUCAGUGCAGGAAAACCAACUGCAAGUCUGAAUGCUGCACAUUUGUGGAAGGCUUUCCUGCCAGGCUGAAGGAGCUCCGUUCAUCAUAUAAAGAAAUACUGAAGUUUUAUGAGUCCAAUGACGAUCUCGAUGCUUUGAUAGACGGCACCGUGCAACAUAACAUCAAUGGUCCUUACGGAUGUCACGUCGUGGACGAAAUCCUGCGCUUUUAUUUGAACACGGUUCUGCCGACAGCUGUGAAGAAGAACCGCGCGCACACCAAAACGCCUAUUGACUCCAUCGGAAAUAUUUUCCAGAGUCUCCAAAGGGACAUGCUGAAAUGCAGGAAGCACUUUUUUUGCUAUAAGCCCUUUGAGAUCACCAGCUUCAAGGACUCGUAUGAAAAGAUGGCAGAAAAAGGCGUUAACAAAGCCAUGGAAGAGCUUGAUUUGCUGUUUAUGUACAUUGAACAAUUUUUGGCAUCAAAGAGAGACAUGCACUAAUACACUCUUAAAAAUGAAAUGUUUUAAGCGGAUUCUUUGAAAAGAAUUAUGAUGUCUGGCUCUCCAAAGGACCUUUUCUAGUCAAAGUUUCUACCUUUGUAUAGCAAAUCCGUUUUCCACUACAAAGAGUUUUUCAUGUAAUAGGUUUUUUAACUCAGUGUAUAUCUCAGUGUGGAUUGGAGGUUGGGCAUGAUGACUUUGAAAAAGCAAACUUUAAAAGCAAUUGACAUCACAAUAUUUAAUUCUUCAUUAAUUUAUUAUUUUCUGCAUCUUACUACAUGUUGAUGCACCACAGUGUCUGCCUCUAUUGCCUUCAGUUUCUGGAGUUCUGGAAAGUGUCAUAUUAGUGUUUUAGUUUUUCUGAAACUGUUGUUUGAGUCACAUUGACUUAAUUUAUAUUUUGCUAUAAUGAUUACUUGAAAAGUAUUUAUGUUUUUUAAACUGAAUUAUUUAUUUUAUUUUGUUUCAAACAUUUUAUAAAUGUAACCUAUUUUCUUAUGCUUCUAUUGUUUACAAAAUAUAUAAUAAAUUAUUGCA